UCGUGAUCUCUAAAUUCCUUCCAAGUGAGAUAUAUAGAACUCCACAUUAAUUUUUCUACAGAAUUAUUGAAUGAUGGAAUUCAAGUUCCUCCACAUUUUAGCAUUUCUUUCUCUGGGAAUAGUGGUAAGCCAUGCAACUUUAAAUUUAGCUUCAGAGAAUUACUGGAAUUCCGUGCUGCCAAAUUCUGCCAUGCCUAAAGCUGUAAAGGAUCUUCUUCAACCUCCUCCUGCUGCUGAGCUGGGGAAGACUGGAGCGACCACCAUGAGCGGCGGAGGAAAGGGCGUCGUAACCAUGGGAAGUGGCAUUGAAAAGGGUAAACGAGAAAGCGUUUUGAUCAACCUACCUGCUCCCAUCUUCUACCGCAACCCCCCCGGCGAAAAUCAGCUACAGGACGACCACGAUCCCAACGCAGCCCUUUUCUUCAUGGAGAAGGACUUGUACCCCGGGAAACUAAUGAAGUUGAAUUUCUCCAAAAAUGGAAAUUGGGCCCCGUUUUUGACCCGCCACGACGCUGAUUCAGUACCAUUUUCGUCGGACAAGUUACCGGAGAUCUUGCGUGCGUUUUCAGUGGAUCCCAGUUCGGAUGAAGCUCAAGUAAUGAAGAAAACCAUACAAGGAUGCGAGCAGAACCAAAGCGUGAAAGGCGAAGAAAAACUCUGCGCGACUUCCCUAGAGUCCAUGAUCGACUUCGCCACCUCCAAGCUCGGUAAAGACGUGGACGCGAUAUCCACGACCGCCGUUGAAACUGUAACUGAUAACCUGAGAAGGUACAGACUCGUGCGUGUGAAGCAAAUGCCGCCGGGAAAACCAGUGGUGGCUUGCCACCUGCAGGAGUUCGCGUACGCAGUGUUUUACUGCCAUAAGAUGGAGAUGCAGUCGACGGUGGGUUACAAGGUGUGGAUGGUGGCGGGCGAGGGGUCGCAGGUGGAGGCGGUGGCGGUUUGCCACAGGGACACGGCAGCAUGGAGCUCGAUGCACUUGGCUUUUCAGGUGCUGAAGGUGAAGCCAGGGGGUGCUCCGGUCUGCCAUUUUCUUCCUGUGGAUCAUGUUCUCUGGGUUUCCAAGAAUUAGCUAAGUACUAAAAUAUUCAUGUAAUGUAAUGUAAUGUUACCUCAAAAAAUAAACAUACAUGUAAUGUAAUGUGGGUGUUGCAUGAGAGUAUUUGUCUAUGUAUUGCUGCAUGUGUGGUUUGUAAUAAAUUAAAUGUUGGUUUUAUUA